AUGACAGUAUCAACGUUGAUGAUUGGUUUUUUUUUUGAAGGGUAUGCGAAUGUGAGAAGUCUGGAUUUCACAAGAUUACUUGGUUCGGGUGUUUUGCAUACCAAAUUUUGGAUUGUUGAUUCUCGGCACGUCUACGUUGGUUCAGCGAAUAUGGACUGGAAAUCACUUACGGAAGUGAAAGAACUGGGUUAUCUGCUAUGGAAUUGUAGUUGUUUGGCACGUGAACUGUCGAAAAUAUUCACCGCGUAUUGGAGGUUAGGCGCUGCGGGUGCACGAAUCCCAUCGAAGUGGCCGUUGAGUUUAAAAACAACGUUCAAUUUCACUCAUCCCCUUCGAAUGACCAUCAACGAUCGCCGUGCAUAUGCAUUUGUUUCG